UUGAUUGCGAAUGAUUUUCCUCAUGAACUAUGUUUUUUUAGUUCGCAAUUGUACAGCUGGAAGACGAGCACGAGGAAUGCACGGAUUCGACAUUCAGAACGAGAUCGUCUUUCACGCAGAGUGGUUGAAACAGCGAACGCUCCGUUUUUUGGCGAUUCUCAUGUGUCAGGGUAUAAGGCGAAUACGGAAAUGAUUAAAAAUAAGGAACGCGUCGUCGGUUGUUAUUCGAACGGUCAGAUCUGGGAUCCUGGCACUGUCCAGGUCAAUAGUUACAGCCGUCCACAGCAGGUUGUAAACUUCACUAAGCCCUUUGCAACCGGUGAAUACCACCGGUCCGUUUUGCUAACGCAGCCGAUUCCGAAUUCGUAUAUCCCGGUACCGCCACGCUGUGGCGAUAUAGACGGAAGAACCAUCGGCGUUGGAGUGGUUAUGAAACCGGCUUGUCCUGGUCAGUUUAUCGAGCCGCCAGUUCUGCCUUGGGUGCAGGACUCUGGUCAGUGUCAAGAUUCACUGUAG